GUCAGCGGGGCAUACUGUGCAGCCACGCAUGCUUGCACAACACCCUCCACCUCUCGACCCGCCAAUCCCUUUCCCUUCCCUUCCCUUCCCUUCACUCCCUCCCUCCUUCCCUCUGAGCUUCCUCCCCACCCCUUCCUCUCCUCCCGCCCCCUCCCUUGAGCAUAAGCGGCAAACAAACAUUCAUCGCUGGCAAACACGCAAACAUUGACAGAGUGCCCUCCCCUUCCCCCCCCUCUCCCCCAUCCACCUCCUUCCAUAUUUUCGGGCAAGCAUCCUGACCCUUUCCUUCAUUCCUACACCAGACAAUCUAAUCCCAUCAAACAUGGACCCAACCGCGAACCCCUCCGCUGAGCUCGAGUCUCCCGAGCGCGAUGGGACAACCACCCACACCAUGCCCCCAUCCGACCAGCCCCCUCCCGACGUAACUGCUUCAUCUUCUGCUCCUGCUCCCGCUCAUCCUGCGAAAUGUAGUUGCUUCUCCAAUUUCCUCCUCUAGGCUCUCCCCGCGGAACGGAUUGCUAAUUGAUCUUGUGGAUAUAGCCGGCAGCGCCCUUAACGAAAAAUUGAAGAAGUUCUUCUCCCCCCACUUCCCCCCUUUGCUAGCAAAGAUCAGGGGAAAGGGUAAAGAGAAGGAGAAGAACAAAGCCGCUGAUCCUGCUACCGUGGGUGUACCCAUGGCUCAAAGAGAUGAUCAGGAGGAAGCCCACGCUACGAAGAAGGGCUUGGAUACUUCCCCCAAGAGUCUUCUCAGAAGGAUGACUCGGAGCUCGAAAAAAUAAUUGGCAAUAUACGGGAUAGUUUUCGAGUGCUGUAAUUCUGGGGGUAUGGAUAAUCGCUUACUUGGAGUAAUCGGGGAUGUGUUAUGGAGGCCAUUUUUGCUCUUUUCUCUCCCCUCUCUUUCUCUUUCUCCUUCUCGCGAAAACAAGUUCCGUUGCUUUCUUAUAUCCUUCAACAUACCUUUAGCCAGGCCACACUCUGCAAUCCCCUCUAAUUUGUCUUUUCUCCAUAAUGUUACCUUUAGAUGUAAUGCGAUACUUAUGAUACUAAAAUU